AUCCUGGCCCUGGGAAGAAACUCAAGAAGAAACGAUUGAAAUUUAAAGAUUAGAUGGGCCUUGACCUCUGCUGGGCAGCCCCCAGCUACAAGAGUUCCCCUGCUAAGCAAAGAUGACUGCAGAUUUGAGGGAGUCCAUGGCCUUGGCCCCUUGGGGCCCAGUGACAGUGAAAAAGGAGGAGGAAGAAGAGGGAAAUUUCCUAGGUCAGGCAUCCAGCCAACAAGUGCAUUCUGAGAACGUCAAAGUCUGGGCUCCUGGAGAAGGUCUUCAGACAGGCCUUGAUGGAGCGGAACAGGAGGCAAAGGUGCCGAAACCAAGAACCCGCAGUUAUUAGUUCCAAAAACUGAGAUAUGUGAUGAAGCAGAAAAACCCUUCAUGAUCCCAGGAAGAAUCCAGAAAGUUGACCCUCAAGGACCUGAGUUAGGAGAAUCCUGUGGAAAGGGGAACAUAUUAAAGAGGCAAAGAAUAAAGAGGGAAAAGAAAGAUUUCAGACAAGUGACAGUGAAGGACUGUCACAUACCUGAAAGCUUCAAAGAAGAGGAAGACCAGAAGUAUGAGAAAUCUGGGGAAAACUUUCCCGGACUUAGUUCUGGCCCCGUUAAAAAUCAGAGAAUCCAGGCUGGGCAGAAGCCUUUCUCAUGUAGUGUGUGUGGGAAAGGCUUUAGUCAGAGUGCAAACCUCGUAGUGCACCAGCGCAUUCAUACUGGGGAGAAGCCCUUUGAAUGUCACGAGUGUGGGAAGGCCUUCAUUCAGAGUGCAAACCUCGUCGUGCAUCAGCGAAUCCACACUGGGCAGAAACCCUACGUUUGUUCCAAAUGCGGGAAAGCCUUCACUCAGAGUUCAAAUCUGACUGUCCAUCAAAAAAUCCACUCCUUAGAAAAGACCUUUAAGUGCAGCGAAUGUGAGAAAGCCUUCAGUUAUAGCUCACAGCUUGCCCGGCACCAGAAAGUCCACAUUACAGAAAAAUGCUAUGAAUGUAACGAGUGUGGGAAAACAUUUACUCGGAGCUCAAACCUCAUCGUCCACCAGAGAAUCCACACCGGAGAGAAGCCCUUUGCCUGUAACGAUUGUGGCAAAGCCUUCACCCAGAGCGCAAAUCUCAUUGUGCAUCAGCGAAGCCAUACUGGUGAGAAGCCAUAUGAGUGUAAAGAGUGUGGAAAGGCCUUCAGUUGUUUUUCACACCUCAUCGUGCACCAGAGAAUUCACACUGCGGAGAAACCAUAUGACUGCAGCGAGUGUGGAAAAGCCUUCAGUCAGCUCUCUUGCCUUAUCGUGCACCAGAGGAUUCACAGCGGGGACCUUCCUUAUGUGUGCAAUGAGUGUGGGAAGGCCUUCACCUGCAGCUCGUACCUGCUCAUUCAUCAGAGAAUCCACAAUGGGGAGAAACCUUACACAUGCAACGAGUGUGGCAAGGCCUUCAGGCAGAGGUCCAGCCUCACCGUGCACCAGAGAACCCACACUGGGGAGAAGCCGUACGAAUGUGAGAAGUGCGGUGCGGCUUUCAUUUCUAAUUCGCACCUCAUGCGACACCACAGGACCCACCUCGUUGAGUAAGGAGUAAAGGAAGAGGAAGACCACCAGGCAUCGACUGUCCCCUCGGCUUUCUCCUUUGUAAAAGUGAGGCCUGCCAUGUCCUUAAAAAUAAGUUUUCAGGAGUGCAGCACAAAACAAGCAUUUCAGUGGCCAAUUUAAGGAAAAUGAAUACUAAGCACCUAAAGGCAAGGACUUUGUUUUUAAGUGUACCCUGAGUGGUCAUGUUGUCUGAAAUAAAAAGUGGAUUUCUUAGAAAUGGGUCAUACAAAGCUAAGUGAUAAAGAUCCCAUUUGGGCAAAGGUGUUUUUAAACUAAAUUUUGUUUUUAAAAACUGGUAAUUUCUGGAGCAACAGGCAAGUCGCUGGUAUAGGUCUGCCUGAUGGAAUUCUGAAGCUUUGAACCUUGUGUCCUAGGACUUUGGGUUAAACAGUGACUAGUUAAGGAAACCACUUUGGGUAGCAAUUCUCUAACAACUCACCCAUGAACAUUUAUAAGCUUUUCAUUCCCUGGAUAAUUAAAAAAAAACAGUUUUUAAAACUCGUUUACCGUCUGCUGCUCCUAAAAUGGACAGAAGUAAGAAACAGCUGUUUGCUUCAUUGUCGCUACCUCACGAACCUUGGUGUGGUACAGCGCUGGGGACCUGUGACGAGCCUCUUCUGACCAUUCCCCAGGCUGCCUGGCCAGGCGCUUGAGGAUUGAUGGAGACUACAUGCUGGGGCCACAACUGCUGCUGGGCUGCACUCAUUUGCUAAGAUCAACAGCUCUCCAAAUAACUCCCAUUCCCAGUGCAUUCCAUUUGAAUGAGAUGCUCCUAACAGCCCCCUCCCAGAUAGAAGAGGCAAAGAACACAACUUGCAACUUGCCGGGCGGCAAGCCGCAUGUUCUCAGCUCCUGUCCUGCUCAGGCCCAGCCAGCGGGCUCAGUUUAGGUGUCAUUCUCACUUUGUGGAUGGUCUUUAGAAGACAGAGUGGAGCCCUUCUAAUUCUGAGAGGACCAAAGAGGGAAACGAAGGGAGAGGGACGAGGCAGAGUGGGAUUCCUAAGGUCUUAAUUUGUUGUUGUUGUUUUGAGAAGUUCAAAGAUAUUGGAAUAUGAAAACUUUUAGAAGGAUGAAGAAACUGGCUAAGGUAAGACCUUUGUUACCGUUGAGCCUUUACUCCUGGAAAAUUAUUUAUAAAACUAUGCAAUAGGUAGAGUUAUGUAAUAAUAUUGCCUUGUAUUUAUGCAGAACUUUAUUCUUUGUGUACCUUCAUGUAUGGAAUCGUGAUACCCAGAACUUAUCUCAUGCUUUCACAUACAUCAUUAUCUUAAUCCUUAAAACACUGACAGAGGUGUUUGCCGCAUUUACCUGAGAGUGGUCGUUUAAAGCAAGGCCACGUAACAAGUGACAGAGCUAUAUUCAAAUCCAAGACCUGGAUCCAGAUUCUCUUUGUCCUGCCAUGCUGCUUGUCUAACCACCUGUAAUCCCCACCCAGAUCUGUGGAGAGCCUGAGAAAGGGGAAUGUAGUCUCAUUUUCAGGUAUAGAGGCUGAGGUGACAGAUUUUGGGGUGUGCCUUAGGCAGUGUGACCAGCAAGCAGCAAGUCUAAGACUGGAAUUGAAGUCUCCUGAUUUCUGGGUCUGUCCACCACUUCCUCAGCAUUGCAAGAGAUUUAUCAUAAGUGCCGUACCUGGUGGUAAGCAGUCCAGUGCACCUCUCAUGCAGAAGUCCCAUGCGUGUACUGUCUCAUUUCUGCAAGAUUACAUAUUAACAACAAAGUGUUUUGUAGUUUACAGAGCACUCUCACAUGCUUAAGGCAUACAAAAGAAAGCUCGUUAAUUUCCCCUUAAUGUUUUUCCCCUUCAACUGUAGUCUUUCAUCAAAGCACAUGCAACUUCUCCCAGUUUCACUCUGAGUCAUAAGACACGAACACAAAUCAAUGGGAUUCAAAAAUAAGAGUCAAAAAUGCUUGUACCCUCACAGACCUUUACUCUGACUGUUCCUGUCCCCCUGUUCGGGGGUGGUGAGACCCAGAGAAAACACCACAUGACUCUGCUGAGAGUAGGAACAAGUUAAGGGUUUCCCCCGGCCUCAUUAGGAAGCUCAAAAGAGAGAGCAGGUUCGAAGAUUCAAGAUAAACCUGACCUUGGCCUACCAAGAGGGCAACAGUGUAAUUUCCUGAAAGAGAUCAGCUGGGAGUUAUGAGCAUUAGGACAAACUGUUUUAGCUUCACAUUGUAUGUUAAUCCUCAUAAUUGAAUAUUCAGUCAUGGAUGAUAGUUCCUGAAUAGGUGGUUCAGAAAAGCUACCCAGGUGAUCAGUGACCCAACCUGGCAGCACAGCGGUCGUUUUCAACCUUGGCUGCAUGUCGCAGUCACCUGGGGCUCUUUAAAAUUUUUUCUAUUCCCAGGGCUCAGUAUUUUUAAAAGGUAAUAAGCCGCUGCAGUCAAGUGAAGUCUGCGGAUCUAGAAUGUGUGAUUGAAGGGAGGGUGGUGUAAGGAUCUAGAUGUGCAGUGUUCUCUGUGGUGUCAGCAAAGCAACGCUAAUGACAUUGGCUGCCCUGGGGUCCUUCUGUGCCUCUGCCGACCCUUGGCUGUUAAGAUUCUGUGACCUAAUUUAUUUUAUUGGUAUUUUAAGUGAAUAUAUCAAAUAUUUAUAUGAGCAAACCAGGUUUUACAUAACAUGCGUUUAUGUUUCUCACUCAGCAAAAUGACUUCACAUUUCUGCUUCUAUUUCAUCUCCAGAUCUGAGAUUCCACAAACCUGCACCCAGGUUCAGGACCACCCCCUUCCCUGACCCUGCACACAUCUUGUGAGCCUAGUGGAUUCUAGACAGAUCUUAUCCUUCCCCAACUAAUGACUCCCAUGCAAUUCAGUUCCAGCCUUCGAAAUAAGUUACCAUCCACCUUUUUCUGUACAGUUUCUGAUAGGGGAGGAGUGACUAGCCAUUGACGUCAGAGCUGCCUUCUGGUCUCCUUUUCCUCGGGGCAUCUCUCUUCUCCUUUGGCUGGUCUUGCUGGAAGUGGACGUAAGCUUCAAAGCCCUGUUUUCCAGGUUUCCAAGCGCUGUCAGACUGUAGCUGUCAGAGCCAGGCCUAGUGAUGGGCAUUAAGGAUAGAGCCACAAAGCCUGUCCUUACCCUCAGAUGAGACCGACAGAUGUGUAUUACGUGGAGCACAGUGACGCAGAAAUGAUAAUGAAUACGUGCUUUGGGAGCACGGAGAAGACUUUAUACAUGUGCGCGCCCACAUCCUCACCCUCUCAAACACAAUUGCCAUGAAGCCUUCAGGCUCAGGAAGAAGUGUCUUUGGGCAAAGCUGAUCCUCUCUGUCCUCUGGAUCCCUUCCCUUCCUUGCCUAGGUGGUCGUCCUCCCACAUCUGUCGCUUCUCCACUUGCUUCUCUAUCCAGUGUGCUUAACCUUUCUGGGGUGUCAUCCCCUUUGAGAAUCUGAUGGAAGUUGCGGGUCCUCUUCUGGAGAAAUGCAGAUUGGACAUUUAUCUCGUGCUCAUUUGGAGGGAUAUAUGGGCUCCCCGAAGCCAGUCAAGGAUUAUCUGGGGCCUAAAGCCUCCCCUGGUUGUGUACUAUUCAUCACCAGUGACAUUUUUAAAAAAUGAGGUGACACUGAAUCUCUAAGGAUGUUGCCCAGAUACAUAACCUUUGAAAUCUUGCUUUUAAUGGCUUCCUUCAGCAAAUUGUGACAUUAUCCAGAACCCAGACUGGAAACCGAGAAGGCUUUCCUGGCUUCCUGUGUAUCAUUCGUUCAUUACAAACAUAUUUAUUAGGCACUCUCUUUGUGGCAAACAUGGCGCUAGAUCCUGGGUGCCAGAGCAAACAAGGUUUGCCAGACACUUCUCAUGUCUUUUAUUGGGAAAUAUCUGGAUCUCUUAACGCAAUUUACUAAACUCUUCAGAGUCCCUUCCCAGCCUCCUCUCUCCACUUGUGCGCCUUUUCCUGCAGCCCCAAGGCACAUGCUUGCUCUUCUGUGUGCCUUCGCUCCCAUCGUCCUCGGUGCCUGUCAUGCCUCGCCGCUGCUCCCCACCCGCCCGGCCUACCUAGCCUGACCUUCAGUUCCCUUUAAGAUUUGGUUCAGUCUCCAUCUCUGGGGAACCUCUGACUGCCCAAGGGCUUAUUUAGAAGCAUAUUUAGAAGUAUAGAAGAGCAUGACAUACGUAUCCAGAGUUUUACUUUCUGCUUUAAAGUGAAAAAAAUCUGAAUUCAAAAUUAUGUAUAUAGUACAGAUCUCUUACAGUGUCGUAACAUAUGCUAUAUACUAUUAAAAAGUAUAUAGAUAUAUUACCUGAGAGAAACAAGCAGAUGUUAUAAGUGGUUAAGUGACUUGUUCACAGCCAUACAGAUGGUAAGUUGCAGAGCUUAGGCUCAAACCCAGGUCUUAUGGAUAAUAGAAUUAUGGGUGAUUAAUAGGGUUUGUGUUUGUUUGUUUGUUUUUUCCCCUUUUUAGUAAUUUUCGUAUUUCCUGUAAGGAACAAGGAUUUUAUAAUCAGGAAAAAAUAAAUCAUUAUAUUUACAUACUUAGUAUUGUAUUAACUAUAAACAAUAUCUCAGUUCUCCAUUUUUCUAAGAUGUGGGAUGUACCCUGCCCUUUCUCCCUCCUUUUUCCACAUCUCUGUCUCUGACAAUGUCAAGUCUGAUCAUUUUUGAAGUCUGUUCUACAACCAUAGUCUUUUUUGCUUUGUUUAUUGAUUUGUUCUAAAAGUUGAAAAUAAACAGCAUGAAUAUUGUCAUGACUGUUAAGUGUUCACUACAGGUCAGAGUAGCUUACUGUGAUGAUAGUUUUUUUUUUAAUAGCAUUUUGUUUUUAUCGAAGGUUCUAGUUGCCUUUCUUUUCUCCUUGUUGCUUCUAGCUCAUCCUGAGUUAUUUUCAAAUUCUCCAUCCAAUUACUGUGUUGGGUCCCCUUUUUUCCUCUGCAUUUCCUUUCCUGAGACCUCCAGCCUCCUGUCCUUGGUGGUCUUUCUGCCUACUGUUCUGUGUCACACUCGGCUCUGUUGUGCCCUGAAUUCCAUACUUGCUUCUUUCUUCAUUUACUCCCUCAUUUACUACAGCACAUCUUCAAGUCACUUGCCAAAAAGUAUGUAGAAGGCAAAAUUGUUGAAUGUUUAUAUAUCAACCCUUUCUCUGCCCUCACACUUGACUGGUAGUUUGACCAGCUCUGGAAUUCUAGAUUGAAAAUUUCCCCAGAAGUUUGCGAUGUCUGAUUCUAACCUGAUUCUUACUUCUUCUACAGGCAUUAUAUAGUAUUUACGUUACUGUGGUCUGUUCCCCACUCCUAUGCCUGGAAGCUUUUAAAAUCUCCUCUGUAUUCCCCAUGUACUCAGUUCCCUAACGUGCUUAGUGGAAUUUCUCAAUUUAGUGACUCAGGUACUUCUAUUCUUGGAAAUUUUCUUGUGUUCUUUAUGUGGCAGUUUCCCCUUUCCAUAUUUUUCCCCGUUUUUCUUUCUGGAAUUCCUUUCACUCAAAUGUUGGACCUUCUGGAGUGAUCCUCAGCUACCUUCUGGAGUGAUCCUCAGCUACUUUCAUUUCCUUGUGCCAUUUUCGGGGAGAUUACCUUGAUUAUUUUUCAGUUUUCUUAAUGAAUUCUUUAAUUUUAUUUUGGCGGUAGUUUAAUUUCUAAGAGCCUUUUUCUGGGUUUGGUUUGUUUUUUUGUUUUUUUGUUUUUUGGAACAUACUAUUCUUAUAUUGGAGAUACCUCUCAAAUCUAAGUUUCCUAAUUAGAAGUAUUUUCUUAAAAGUUUCUUCUGUCACCUAAAUUAUGCCUCUGCCUGAGUCUUUUUUUCUCUUUGUUUACUCUCAGUGGAGACUCUCCUCAGAUAUGUCCUGAUUCUUACUGAUAUACACAUCCCUAGAUCUGUGUCUCUGUAUGGAAAGCCCAGUUGAGACCUCUGUGGGAGCGGGAUUUGCUCAGUAAAAGGCUUCCCUCUAAAAUGAUUGUAGGGAGCAGGCUGUUUCCCUGGAAACCUCUAAGUGCCCAAAUGCAAAGAUCUUUUGUCUGGCACUUACAUGUCUUUAGCAGAGAAUCUGCUGAUGUUUUUGUCUGGGAAUUGGAUGCUUUAAGUGCUUCUCCAGGAGUGGGAGAGAAGGGGGUCAAGGGUGAGUAUAAACUUGGUUAUUGCCUUUAGUUUUAGCCCCACUUUUCGCUCCCACCCGCCGUUGUACCCAAGUCCUAAGUCGCUCUGGGGGUUGACAGGGUGGUGCAGCCACCUCCUCCUGUCGUGUCGCCCUCAGCAGGUGUUCCAGGCUGUUACUCCCUCCACCCAGUUUCUCAGUUAUCACCUCACUUUCUUCUAGGAAUUUGUCCCCCUAUCCCAUCAUUAUUUAUACGUUUUAAACCAUUUUAACCCAUCGUUUUAGGGGAAGCUCAACUAUCAUAAAAGGAAUGUUGAUAGGCUUUGAUACAGUAGUACCACUCUUAGAAAGCUAUCCUAAAGAUGAAUAUUUUGACAAUAUGUACUUGCCAAUGUUUUACAUUGGAAACAACCCAAGUGACAAACAAUAGGAGAAUGAUUACAAUAUGAUAGAAUAUUAUGUGACCACUAAAACAUAAUUUAAAGAAUAUCUAGUGACCUGAUAAAUUUUCACAAUAUUACAUGAAAAGUACAGAAAUACAAAAUUAAAGGGUUUGCACAAAGAGCCCGGUUUUCUUAAAUAUACAUGCAUAGAAAAGACUGGACGGAAGUAAGUACAUCAAAUGUUAACAGUGGUUAAAUUUUCCCACAUUGUCUACAUUUUCUACAGCAAGCCUGAGUUUUUCAUCAUCAGGAAGGGAAAAGUUAAUAAAAAAGAAAGAUCACGGCGUGUGCAGAGUGGUGAGACAUUUUUGUGGAGUGCGGAGUGGGUGUGGGAGCAGAGAAAAAGCCCUAACACCGGGCGAAGGAACCCAGCCGCGAAAUGUAUGUAACCCCGGUGUCUGUUGACAGCUGUGGCUGGAGUGUGGAGGCGAGGCUGGUGAGUGAGGGGAGAAAGGAAUCCUGGAGACCUCAUAGACAGCUUUUGUCAGAGUCCAAGAGAGAGCAUGGGCUUCUGACCUAGUCAGUGGCACGGGAUUAGAGAAGGAACGAAUGGAAUGAGCAGGCCUUUGGGGCAAGCACCAAAUUCCCAAGCCGGAAGUCCUAACCUCCACACCCUGGUGAGACAUGACCUAUGAUAAAUGGGUCCCGAGAAGCCCUGGUUUCCUUGGGCCUCUCUAGGGGCACCCUGCGUUCACAGUGGCCAGCACCUCUACAGCGUUGGAGGACAGAGAUUGUAGAGGCAAUGUAGUCCCUCGCAAGCCAACAGGAAGGUUGUAACCACCCGGUCAGCGGCUUCCGUGUGCUAGGCACCGGGCUAAAUGCUAAAUGUUCUUUAUCUCAUUUAACCCUCACUUCAGGAAGGAAGUUCUCUCACCCCAACUUUAAAGCCAGCAAUAAGUCAGGAUUAGAAUAACUCAGGCCAGAGCCUGUGCCCCUUUCUCCCAGGCUGCUUUCUUAGUGUGUCUCCAUCUAAAAGAUGUGGUACAAAAGCAAACAGUGAAGACCGAGCCUCCCUCCCAGCCCAGAGUACUCAAGGUAGGAGUACCCCCAGAGAGAACCGUGGUAAAACAAAUGCUUGACCUUCCAGAGAUAGUCCACACAGUCUGCGUAUCCCCCAUGCACACAGCUUAGGAUACACUCUACACCUAGCUUUUUCACCUGUGUCUUGGAGCUGGUUCUGUAAUAGCCUGUAAGUUCUACCUCAUCUUGUCUUCACUGCUGUGCGAUCUUCCGUUGUGUGGGUGGACCGUGACUCAUGGAGCUAGUGCCCUGUGGUAGACAUGUGGGUUUUUUCCUCUUGCUACUGCAAACAAUGCCAUGUUGAGUAUCCCAGCGCACUGUCCUUGGUAUGUGUGCAACUUUGCAGGAUAAAUUGAUAAAGGGUAAGUGCAUUUGAUAUUUUGAUAGAAAUUGCAUUUGUGGUUGCUAUAUAUAUAUGAAAAUGCCCGUUUCCCUGGACCUUCUAUAAAAGUUUUGUUUUCAGAUCUGAAAUGAAAAAUGCUCUCAUGUUUUGCGUUCUAAUAUGAGUGAAACUGGCUGUCAUGUCUUGUGUUUAAAAGCCAUGUGUUUUGUUUUUUUUUCUGUGAACUGCUUGUUCAUGUUCUUUAGCAGUUUUUCUGUUGGGUUGUUGAGCAUUUUAAGAAUUGAUUUGUACAAACCAUAGUAAAGAAAUUACUCUUAUCUGCCA